AUGGCCGCCCUGCGCACCCGCAGACCGUUCACAGCUCCACCAGAGGACCCGCUCCUCGACGACGCCGCACCCGCUGUCCUCGACCACUCGGAGCAGACACAAGUGGUCGACAACCUCGAACACCUCGCUCGCAACGCACAGCGCGAGUACGCCAUCGCCUCCGCCGCCCUCUCGGCCCUCGUCCUCCUUCUCCUCGCCUUCCUUCCACUACCACGCACCGUCGCAUCACCUUUCCUCGCCCGCCUCGUCGCCCUCUCGCUCGCCGCCUCGCUCGCCCGACACCUGUACCCUCUCGUCCGCCCUUCUCCCUCCCCCUCUCCCACUCUCGCACCCCUGCACCCACUCGACGCCCUCCCAGCGCUCCCCGCCGCCCUCCUCGCGCUCCUCGUCGCGCGCACCACGGCCGGCACCACCCAGGUCCGCCUCUUGUGGGGCGUCGCUCCGCUCGGCGCGCAGCUCGUCGCGGCCGUCCUGCGGUGGGAGGGCGCGAGGGCGGUCGACGAGGCGCGAGGGCUCAGAGGGUUGAUGUACGACGCGCCAGAGGCGUGAGACGAGCACCGCUGCAGCGUCGUUGGUGCGGCUC